AUGGCCAAGAAGCUUUGGGCAAUAAUAAGAGCAAUCCUCUACAUGAUAAAAAAAGGAUCAAAAAACAUACCAUGGUUUGAACUCCACAUGCUCCUAAAAAGAUCCACCAAGAUCGCCGGAAAAGCCAUCGGAAACCUACUUCUUGACCACCAAACACUCACAUGCCGCCCCAACAACAUCCACAACACCGUCGUUGCUCCGCUAGCAUACGAGUUCAGUUGCAGCAACACCCCACUAUUCCACCAUAAACGUAAACACAACAACAAACGGUCACAUCAUUCACAUUAUUCACAUAACAACCAUGAACUCACUGUUAAUAAUGUCAAAAAAGUGUUUGACAUUUUGAACAGUUAUGAGUCGGACCCGGAGAAGUCUCCUAUGACACUGUUGGGAUUUGGAGAGUCUCCGAAUGUCCGGCAGCUGCGAGUGACGGAUUCGCCUUUCCCGGAGAAUAAUAACAUGGAGGAAGAGGAUGUUAUUCAGGUGGAUAUGAAGGCGGAGGAGUUUAUUAAGAAUUUUUAUAAAGAAUUGUUGCAGCAGAAGAAACGAGCCGCAGUCGAACCGUCGUCUCCUUUGGAUUGUUACCGGAAAUGGGGUCAAGUCCGGUGA